UCAGUCAUCUUCUCAAUCCUCCAUCUUUGGAAUUCUUCAUGACUCGCCAUUAGAACCCUUGCCAUCACCCUGGACGACUGCCGCAUCCAUAUCUUUAUCACAUAAGGACAAGAUCCCUUGCCCAUUCAAAAUUUUUGAUGGAUGUCAUGGUGGUGUUGGUGGUAAUGGAUAUGCAAGAAGUACGAUUUAUAAACAUUUGUUUGACAAGCACUUCCCUGCUGAGGAUGCCAGAGAGGCUUGUAGACAGAGGAUAAGGAAUAAUGAUGACCGCUUCAAUGCCUGGGAACGGGUUUUGAGUAUCAUGCAAUCUUGGCUCUGCAUCAAGUGCCUGCGUAUUCAUGCAUGGAAAAAAUCUCGCCAGGAUUCUAGCCACUCGCACGAGGUUAUCACCGGUCCCCUCAAUGAUCAUGGGGUUGAAUUUUUAAUCCUUGACACAGUGAAACCUCAAACACCCCCAUUGGUUGAGAGUAUUGAUGGCAUCAAUGGAACUGUGGCAGCAACCCUAUCUCUUGAGACGCUGGACUUAAUCUUUCAGAGGCAGAUAACAACCACUGUAAGCAUCCCUCCCCCUUGUAGGCUAAAUUUCUCUCGUACCCUGAAAGCCACUCUUGAAAAUGUCCUGGACAAACCCAUGGAUCUGUCUGCUUGGUUGUCUCUUCCACUAUUACUUGUGUGUACCUUGAACAUGUACAUACCCAAAAGCGUUGCUGAAGAGAGAUCAGGAAGCCUGCCAAGAAGAAGAAGAAAGAUGCUAACCUGGAGGCGCGCAGGAAAAAGUUGAGCUACGGCCAUUUUACGGCAGAAAUACGCAUUUUAUCAUCUAAUGGUGUUGCCACCUCUAGUCCUGACACCCUCCAUGAUC